AUGUUAGACCGUGUGCACGCACAGGAGGAGAGCGAGCGCAGCCUGCCCUGGUGCGGCGCGCGGCAGGCGUGCGCGGCGCUGGCGCGGCGCUACUGGCGCGCGCCCGCGCUCUUGCGCCUGUGCCGCUGCGCGCGCCGCCGACGCUGCGACGCGCGCGCGCCCGCCACUCGCCUCGUCGACCUCAAUAACCGCGCGCACUUACAAUUUUGCGAGCCCGUGACCGAUUGGCCAGAAUGUGCAUAUAACGAAUCACCGCUCACCGUUGAAACAUUGUAUGAACGGAUGAACCCAGAUGAGUUGGAAGAACAGCACCACCAGGGCAAGCAUUUAUACCCGCCAAAGAUAGUUCUAACUUGUCGUUGCCGGAACCCUAACUAUUGGAAAUUGAAUGAAGAGAGCGAUACGAGGCUCGUGUACCAGUGUGCGUCUCUGCCUGUGUGCAAGAGCGGGGACUACUGUGGUAAUGUGGACAGCGAUCUAUUAGCGCUAUACCAGUCAUGUCAAUGUCCACGCGGCCAUAUGUGCGUGCAUAGUGGCGGUGUACCGCGGUUGGACAUAUCCGAGCUAUUGUACCGAGGCAAAGGCUGGAGAGCGUACUGCCAGCCCAUCAGUGACGAUUAUAUUUAUGAGGAUUAU